AUGGGUGGUGCUAGCAAAAGAGACAGAGAACAGAGAGAACAACAGAGAACAGACAGAGAACAGACAGAGAACACAGAAAACAGACAGAGAACAAACAGAGAUCAUACAGAGAAUAGACAGAAAACAAACAGAGAACAUACUGAGAACAGACUGAGAGCAGAAAGAGAUCAGACUGAGCUAAUACAGAGAACAGACCGAGAACAGAUGGAGAAUAAACAGAGAACAGACAUAGUAUAG